GUCGGUCUUCGGCAGUGAGUUAGUCGAUCGUGUUCUCCGGUACCAGGAAUUAUUUGUUAAUUCUAAACAUGGCUGGUGGUAAAGCUGGUAAGGACUCCGGUAAGACCAAAACCAAGGCAAUUUCUCGCUCGCAGAGAGCAGGACUGCAGUUCCCGGUCGGUCGUAUCCAUAGACACCUCAAAUCCCGGACCACCAGCCACGGCAGAGUAGGAGCUACUGCAGCGGUCUACAGUGCGGCUAUUCUUGAAUACCUGACUGCUGAGGUUCUGGAGUUGGCAGGAAAUGCAUCGAAGGAUCUUAAGGUGAAGCGUAUUACCCCGCGCCACUUGCAGCUGGCCAUUAGAGGAGAUGAAGAGCUGGAUUCACUUAUUAAGGCCACUAUUGCUGGUGGAGGUGUGAUUCCCCACAUCCAUAAGUCUCUGAUUGGAAAGAAGGGCCAGCAGAAGACCGUAUAACCUGAAGUGCUUUGGAAGUUGUGCCAUCUCAGGACGAAGUCGGCAUCCAGUUGUUAAAUGUUAUAGUUUAGAACACCUUAAGGAGCUAUUUUUAUUGUUGAGCUUGCAUUUACUCACCUGGGGUAUUUUUUAAAAGUGGCUUCAGAGAAGCUCAUUUUUUGUGUUUUGCUUUUCUUUUUCUGGUGCUGCAGUUGCAGUUCAUGUUAAAACUUGCUUAUGUGGCAUCCCCAUGUUCGGUGUGGUGUUUUAAUAAAGCUCUUACUGGGCAUUUGAGUUUUGUUCUUUCAGUUCUGGCUUGUUCAUGAGCUUUAUUUUAUGUUUAGGCUAUAGGUAUUAGCUAGCUGCUUCAGUGUGGAUGGUGUACAUGUUUGAUGUUAGUGGUUUGAAAGACACCCUCUCCUCUCCUUUACAUCAUCAGUGUCAGUCUUGUAUAGCUGCAUGAACUGCAAAGCAUGUUUAGCACAUCAGACUACCACUGCACUGACGUGAAGCAGGAGAAAACCUGUAGUCAUUUUUGGAUUCUUGAAUAAAGACUGGACUGGCACAGUCAGAACAUUUUGCA